CUGGAGCAGAGGCUGCCAAUCUCAGGCACAGACAAGGCAGACAAAGGUUCAUUUGUAAAGAACCUCCUUCCACCACCUCCUCUCUUCUCCUUUGCCCAGACUACCCAGUCAGCUGGAGCAUUUAAGAAGGUUCUUCUGUCAAUAAGACUGAAAAGAAAGAAAAAGGAACAAAAGCCAUGAUGAAAUUUGUGGUGCUUGUCACUCUUGGGCUAACUUUGCUGCUAGGAGUCCAAGCCAUGCCUUCAAGUCGCCUUUCUUGCUACAGAAAGAUGCUAAAAGAUCGCAACUGUCACAACCUUCCAGAGGGCAGAGCCGACCUGACAUUGAUCGACACAAACAUCCAGCAUCAUUUCUGGGAUGGGAAGGGAUGUGAGAUGAUCUGCUACUGCAAUUUCAGCGAAUUGCUCUGUUGCCCAAAAGAUGUCUUCUUUGGACCAAAGAUCUCCUUUGUGAUCCCCUGCAACAGUCACUGAGGAUAGCCAUGCAUUCUGGAGAACUGGGGUGGUUCCCAGUUUCCCACCAACUGCAUCUAUAUAGCUACAGUUACGAUUUCCAUCCAGUAUAUAAAAGCAAGUGCAAAGCCUCACUUGCUGGGGGAAACCUGGCUAACAAAGCAAUAAAAGUUAUUUCCACUCA